UCACACUGAGUCGGGAAAAUAAUUAUUUAUUAAAAAUUCGUGGACCCGCGUACAUCUGCGUCUGUGCUGUGCGAUCCGCUUCAAGUGCGGCAAAAAGCAACCAAGAAGGCAGGCAGUUAAUCGCCUCUUCAAUAGGAGCUUAGGAACCUCAACAACCAAAGAACCGAUUUCCAGACUUAAAGCUACGUUUCUCCAAAAUGGCCAAGUACUCGGGCAAGAAAUGCCGGCUGCUCUCGAUGAUGUGGCUCACGGCGUUCUUCUUCUUCGUGGAGAUCAUUGUGGGCUAUGUGACCAAUUCGAUGGCUCUGGUGGCGGAUAGUUUCCACAUGCUGGGCGACAUCGCGGCCCUGGUCAUAUCAUUCCUGUCUGUGAAGAUGUCACCGAAAAAGUGGUCAAAGAACACCUUCGGCUGGGCCAGGGCAGAAGUCUUGGGAGCUUUGGUCAACGCCGUUUUCCUGGUGGCCCUCUGCUUCAGCAUCACCAUCGAGGCUUGCAAAAGAUUCAUUGAGGAGGAGCCGAUUCACGAGCCUGAACUGCUUGUUAUCGUGGGAGCCUUGGGUCUUCUGGUGAAUGUGAUUGGACUUUGUCUGCUUUACGAGCACGGCGGUCACCAUGGUCACUCACAUGGCGGCGGACUCACCCGUAACCACAGCCGCCUCACUGAGUUGGCCAACAUGGACGAGGGCGAGGAUGAGCAGAACGACUUUGCCUACGAGAAGCCGAAGGAAAAGGCACCGGUCAAGAAAUCCAGCCAUGGACACAGCCAUGAUCCCGGCCAGAUGAAUAUGCGCGGCGCCUUUUUGCACGUUUUGAGCGAUGCCCUUGGCAGCAUCAUUGUCGUAAUCAGUGCUGUGGUGGUGUGGAAGACGGAGUGGAAGUACCGAUACUACAUGGAUCCCGCUCUGUCCAUCGUUCUGGUUGUCCUGAUCCUGCACUCCGUGUGGCCGCUGCUACGCGAGUCCGCCUUGAUUCUGCUUCAAACAGUGCCCACCCACAUCCAGGUGGACGCCAUUCAGAAGAGGCUUCUGGAGAAAGUUGAUGGCGUGCUGGCUGUGCACGAGUUCCAUGUGUGGCAACUGGCCGGCGACCGCAUCAUCGCCUCUGCCCAUAUUAGGUGCCGCAACCUUUCGGAGUACAUGAAGAUUGCCGAAAAGGUGAAGGAGUUCUUCCACAACGAGGGUAUCCACUCCACCACCAUCCAGCCGGAGUUCAGCGAAAUCGAAGGCUGCAACAUGUCUGAUGGCACCUCCAGCAUCAACAUGAGCGGCUCCGACUGCUGCGCGUUGGAUUGUCCCACCACGGAAGAAGGAUGUGUCAAGGCCACGUGCUGCCAAAACAACAACAAAUUGAACCAACUGCCCUCACCCACCAACUCGCCGUAUCUGUGCCGCCAGCGGAAUGCCGCCCGACAGGCCGGCGAUGUGGAGGCGGGUUCCCUGCUGGAGGCCACGUCCAGUGGCAACCAGGGAACCUCUGGCGGUGCCAGCGCAGGAGCUCCCGUGGUUGCGAUAGGGGCCACGUCAACCCCGAAAAGCGAUUUGGUUUGACGACAGCCACAUCAGGCGCAACAACAUGUACACUUUGCCACGACCAAAACGGAAACCGCAACCGCAACAACAAAGGCCGCCACAACAGCAGCAGCAACAUCAAUACGUGAUAUAAUGUACGAGCCGAGCGCCAACAACCAAGUGGUCUCCAGCGCACAGGUGGACGUCAAUCUCGGCCUGACGGUGACCGCCCAGCGGCGGCGGGAGCUUCAGUUGCAGGCCGAACAGCAGUAUCAGGAGCAGGUGUCACCACUGAGUACCAGGAAUGGCGACGAGGUGGCACUCUAAUUAGGAGCCUAGUUUAACGUUAAUUGUGCAAACCGCUGCAAUGGAGACUGGUCUGCCAUGGUGCAGCUUUAGUGUUUUUUUGUAUCAUUAUUUGUUCUUAGUGGAAUUUAGGCGUAAAUGAGAGUGGGGCAAGUUCGGUCGAUUGACCAUUGAGCUAGUUUAAUUAAAGUGAAAUCAAAAAAUGAAUAUGAAAAUGAAGAACACGAUUAUCUAUUAGUGCGGAAAACACAAAGUUUAAAGGAACAUGCUGUUCAGGAUGUCAUUCAUAUACUAUAUAGUAUGUUAAACCUAUUCGAUUGUAGUUAAUUGCAUUAGUUUAGAUCGAUAAGUGAGCCCAACCAGCAGAGAAUACAUAUGUACUACGUUUUUUACAUUUUGAGAAAGUUUAUACAUACGUGAAAUAAAUUAUUGUAUUCAAUAGUUACCUACGGAUUAG